AUGGCUCUAAUGACCACCCGCAUGAUGGUGCGCAACGGCGCGGAGUGCCUCGGGCGCUCCGCCCCGUCGCUCCGCUCCGUGCUGCGAUGCGCCCCCUCGACGCAGAGGGCAACGCUCGCGAGCCCGGGCGCCCCGACGCCGGUGAGGCUCGGGGUCGGCGGCGCCGGGCGCUCGAUGGUCUCGAUUCGCGCGAGCUCCGUCACCACCACCGCGGAUACCGCCGCGGCGACGUCCGCGUCGGCGCCGUUCAAGCGCCACGAGCGCAUCGCCGCCAUCAAGGGCAAGGACCAGGGCAAAUCCCGCGUCGGCGAUACCGUGCAGCUCCGCGGCUGGGUCCGCACCGUCCGCGCGCAGAAGGACCUCUCGUUUAUCGAGGUGAACGACGGCUCGUCGCUGAGCGGCAUCCAGGCGGUGGUGAACGGAGACGUGCCCGGGCGCGAGCACCUCGACGCGGGCGACAUCACCACCGGCGCCGCGGUGGUCAUCAAGGGUAUCGUGGUGGAAUCUCCGGGCGGUAAGCAGGCGGUGGAGGUGGCCGUCGAGUCCAUCAAGCUCAUCGGAGGAGCCGACGCGUCCACCUUCCCCCUGCAGAAGAAGAGGCACACCCUCGAGUACCUCCGCAGCAUCGCGCACCUCAGGCCGAGGACCAACACCAUCGGCGCGGUCACCCGCGUCAGGAACCAGCUCGCGUACGCCACGCACACCUUCUUCCAGCAGCACGGCUUCCAGUACGUCAACACCCCGAUCGUCACCGCGUCCGACUGCGAGGGUGCCGGCGAGCAGUUCCAGGUCACCACGCUCAUCAACGGAAUAGACGGGCCAAGCGUCGCCUCCGCCCAAUCGAACGUCGCGUCCGAGGCUGACAUCACCGCCGCCAAGGCCGCCGCCGCGGAGCAGGGCGUCGUCGUCAAGACCCUCAAGGAUGCCAAGAAGGAGGGCAAGGCGACGAAGGAGGAGGUGGACGAAGCCGUCGCCGAGCUCCUCGCGCUAAAGGCGAAGGCGGAGUCCCUCGAGAAUUCUCCCGCGGCGGCGGCGGCGGGCGGCGACAUCCCCCGCGACGCCGCCGGCGCCGUGGACUACGGCAAGGACUUCUUCGGCAAACCCUCCUACCUGACCGUGUCCGGCCAGCUCAACGCCGAGAUUUACGCGUGCGCCAUGAGGGACGUCUACACGUUUGGGCCGACGUUCAGAGCCGAGAACUCCAACACCAGCCGCCACCUCGCCGAGUUUUGGAUGGUCGAGCCCGAGCUCGCGUUCGCGGACCUUCAGGACGACAUGGACUGCGCCGAGGCGUACCUCAAGCACUGCCUGACGCACGUGCUGGAGCACUGCGACGAGGACCUGGAGUUUUUCGAGAAGAACAUCUCGAAGGAUAACCUCCGCGAGCGCCUUCGCGGCGUCGCCACCUCCGACUUUGCCAGGAUCACCUACACGGAGGCUGUCGACCACGUUCUCAAGGCGAAGAAGAAGUUCGAGUUCCCCGUGGAGUGGGGGUGCGACCUUCAGAGCGAGCACGAGCGGUACCUCACCGAGGAGGUCUUCAAGAACCGCCCCGUCAUCGUCCGCGAUUACCCCAAGGCGGUCAAGGCGUUUUACAUGCGCGAAAACGACGACGGCAAGACGGUGGCCGCGAUGGAUGUGCUCGUGCCCAAGGUGGGCGAGCUCAUGGGCGGGUCGCAGAGGGAGGAGCGCCUCGACGUGCUCGAGCGCAGGAUCGAAGAGGUCGGCCUGGAGAAGGAGAGCUACUGGUGGUACCUCGAUCUUCGCAGGUACGGGAGCGUCCCCCACGCGGGCUUCGGCCUCGGGUUUGAGCGGCUGGUGCAGUACGUCACCGGCGUGGAGAACAUUCGGGACGUGAUCCCGUUCCCGAGGUACCCGGGCAGCGCGGAGUUCUGAUAUGUAGGAUCUAUUUAAGUUGUCACGUCAUCGUAAGUAACCGUUUG